CAUUCGCGCAGUUGAACUGCGAUUGCAUUUGAUUCAGUGUCAUUUCAAUAACGCCAAAUAAUAGUGUUGCCGGAGCAAUUCAGUUCCAACAUGAAGUACAGGGUACAUUUUUUGCUGAUUGGAAUGUUUCUUCGAAGUGCUUGUGCAGCUGGGUUCACAAGCACCAUACCAAUAGAAUGCACAAGACCGAGAGGCCAUAUUUGCGUGAUAAAAUCGCUGCCACCUACGGACGGUGCCAAAACUUCAAUAGCGUUUCCUGAUUUAUCCAAACGCACAACUUUACGAAUAUUGGAGGGCACUUUAAACAAUCUCACUCGGGAACAGACCCUUCAGCUACAUCCGGUACGUAACCUUGAAAUGGAAAGGUUAGGUUUGAAAAGCGUUUUCAUUGAUCCCGAGUUUGAAAAACUGCACCUACGUGACAAUCAAAUAACUACGCUUGUAACCAAGUCGACGAGUAACUUCGCGCUCAAGUUGCUUGACGUGCGUAAAAAUUUGCUGCGAAACGUGUCUCUGUUGGAACAUUUCGAUCAGCUAGAGCAACUCUACCUGGACGACAAUCAGAUUAACCAGCUAAGUGUGGAUAUGUUUGCCAAAAUGCAAAACCUACGCGUGCUGUCAGCGGCCGCUAACGGAAUGAUGGCGAUUGUACCACCAACCCGUGUGCUCGUACUUAGCAAACUGGAAUCACUCUUCCUGGGUCGUAACGGGCUUAAGUCGAUUGAGAUGGAAAAGUGGCAACUUCCUUCGCUGCGGAGACUUCAACUGCACAAUAACAACCUGGUGGAGCUUACAGGAAUGGACGAGUUUGAUCAGUUCUACGACCUGAUGGAGUUGAAGUUGGCAGGAAAUAGGUGGAGUUGUGGUUGGCUUCAGCAUGCACUAGCCAACGUUACCGUCAAGCAGUCUUCGAACGACAACGAAGGUGUUGUGCUCGACAAAGACACCGACUGCUCGAUCGAGAAUGUGUUGGGCAUUUGCUGCAGCUUUACGCCCAAUUCCGAACAGGAGGAGCAACGUAUCUUCCAACCAGAGAUCAACCAGGUACGUGACGCCAUUCGCCAGAUUAAUACUCGACACGAUGCGUUCAUCCAACACCGCAACGAAAAACUGAAGGAACUAAAGGAAGAUCUUCAACGUCGUGUGGACAAUCUGCGGUCCUUUUUAGCUGACCAAGAGGACGAGUUGGAACGUGGUAAGAUUCAAGCAACGCAGAUACUCAAGAAAAUCGGGGAAGCGGAAACGAAAUCUGCGCAGCAAACGUCAGAUGUUGCAAUGGCCAGCAACAUCGAACAACAACGAAAACAAUUGGUCCACUUCAUGGUGGACAUGAAGAAUAAAUUGCAUCGUCAGGCGAACGAUGCAGAUAGCUUAUGGGUGCAGGCAAACGUCGAAAAGAUUAGCUUAGAACAACGGGAGAAAGUUCCAUUACCUGGCAAUUGAAAACGUUUCUGUCACGAAAAAUAAAUCAAUAACUGCAUGAAAUGUAUUUUCUUCCCCAUUUUUUUCUUACUAGUAAACGCACAGUACAUGUUUGCCGUAGGAUGAAUAAAUAUAAAAAAG